AUGUCUACCUCACAGACAAAUGAAAAACAUAAUAUCAGUCGUAACGAUCAUAGAGUAGAAUCUUUAGACAGCUCUUUAGAUAAUAAAGACUUCACUACAUCAACAAGAAAUUUCGAAAUGAGCCUUGGAAAGUUAACAGAUGAAUGCGAUCACGUUGUUCCUAAAGAGACGUCAUUGAAACCCGAAUUAAACGAAAAUAGGCUGAACGACAAACCGGACUUACAGUUACCACUAUCAAUGUUACAUGAAACUGAUAAAAAUAUCGAGGAAAUAGAACUUGAUAAUUGUCUCAAUUCCGCUUUGUCCCUAAGUAGUAAUAAUACUAAGGACAGCAAUAUCAUAUUCACCGAGAGCUCAAAUGAGACUUUGAGAAGCGAAAAUCCUAUUUCUAAUAAGUCUUGGGAAAGUAGUAAAGUCUUUCAAGAAAAUAGUGAUGUAGUGCUGUCAUCGCCACGCCUAUUUUCAAACGAUAAUCAAAUGUUAAGCAAAAAUAAUGGAAGAAACCGUGACGAUAGUGAUUCCGGACUUGGAUUUUCACCAAAAAGAGUAAAUAUGGAAUUGAUGAGAUCUUUUGAAUCAGAUCCUAAGGAAAUUACACAUACAAUUGCAGAAGACUCAAGGAAUUUUAGCAGCUCCAACACAUCUGAGGAAAUACAAUCUUCUCAAUUUAAGGAUAGAAAAUUAGAUACAUUCGAAUGUAAAAUCCAACAACAUCCAACUACUUACAGCAACCUUGAAAGUUUAAUGUUAUCAUUUAGAGAAAAAUGCAAGGGUAUAAUAAAUGACUCUACAGAUAUUGAUGAAAAGGAUGCACAACAUUCGACAGAAUUUCAAGACGCAAAUAAUAAUGGCAUCCAAGUUGAUCAUUGGGAUAUAAGGAACGAUACGCAAAAAAGACAGGCAAAUGAGACACGCAAAUGUAAUAGAAAAGUGAUGACGCCUACUUGGGAUAGUAUGGAUGUACCACAACAAUCGGCUAAGGUCGAUGUAUCUAAAGAAACCAAUAAACAUAAGAAGAGAAAAACCGAUGCGAGAUCCGAGAAGAGGAAUGAUUCCAUGAGUAAUUGCUCAAUUACGCGAAAAAAGAAUGAUGUCGGCGAAUUCGCUAAUAAAUAUCGAAAGGACACGAAGCCAGAGAUAAAGCAACAACUAGUAGAAACCGUAACGUAUCAAGCAACAGAACACCUUUUGGAAAUAUUCGAUAGCCAAAAAGCUGAAAGACGGCAUUUAAUAGACAAUUGUAGCCAAAAGCUUGCAAGUUUAACUACCGAUACCAAGGAUACCAGUGUAAUUGAGGCUGAACGUGAUUUUUUGGCUUCUUUCAAACAUUUUGUGACCACUUCCCGAUUAUCUCGGGAACAUAAUCAAGAAAAAAUGGGUGACAUAGUAGAGACAUUUGACGAGUUUGAUGAGCAUUUCCAUAAAUUGGAAAUCAAGCACCACCAGGAUCAAGUAGGAGUUGAUACCUUAGUUUGUUCAAAUCCACCUUUUUCUGUCUUUGAUAUUACAUUUCUUAACACACUUAUACGCGCUAGUCAUAACAAGAGAUUUUAUACUCGUAGGAGCUCAUAG